AUGACAGGCAAAGUGGAGAGCGAUGACAUGGAGCUGAAACCUUGCAUCUCUCGACGUCCUGAACUUUCAGUGCAGUCAGGAUGUUUAUUGUGGGGAAGGAGAGUGGUUAUUCCCCCGGCUUUACGCAAUCCAGUGCUAAAACAGCUGCACGUAGGACAAUGUGGAAUGGUCCGCAUGAAGGAGAUUGCCAGGAGCUACUUCUGGUGGCCAGGUGUAGAUGGCCAAAUUGAGGAAAAAGCCAGGACCUGUACCUCAUGCCAGUGCAUACGUAACACACCACAACUUGCACCAUUGCACCCGUGGGAAUAUCCUGAAAAACCAUGGCAUCGCAUUCAUAUUGAUUUUGCAGGCCCAGUCAAGGACAAAAUGCUGUUGGUAGUCAUGGAUGCACACAGCAAGUGGCCUGAGGUGGCCAUUAUGAAAUCUACUUCAGCCGAAAAGACAAUUGAGAAAUUGGGAGAAAUUUUCAGUAGAUUUGGAUCACCAGUGCAACUUGUCUCAGAUAACGGCCCUCAAUUCACAUCUCACGAGAUGGCCACAUUUCUACGGGCAAAUGGUGUACAACAUAUCACGUCAUCACCCUACCAUCCUGCAACUAAUGGGUUAGCAGAAAGGUUUGUCCAAACCAUGAAACAUACUUUGAAAGCGUCGCUCGGGCAGGGCACAUUCCAUCAGCGUUUGCACAGUUUCUUGCUCUUCUAUCGUAGUACUCCGCAUACAACCACCAAAGUGUCGCCAGCACAUUUGUUGUUCAACAGAGAGCUCAGGACAAGCUUUGAGCUGAUUAAACCAGCAACACUCAAAGAAACUGUUCAACGGCAACAAGAGCAUCAAGUACAGCGACGGAAUCUGCGAGCCAAAGACAGACUCUUUGCAACAGGCUCAUCAGUGCUUGCUCGGAACUAUGGUAGUGGUCCGAAAUGGGUUCCAGUUACUGUGGAGGCCCAGACAGGUCCAGUGUCAUACAAGGUUAAGACUGCUGACAAUCUUUCCUGGAGGAGACAUACUGAUCAGUUGCUUGGUGGAGCCAGCACCGUUACAGAUGUUCCUGAGGUCACAGAUGCCACAGAUGUAAAUUCUCCAACUUCAUUAGUCUUCACAAAGGAGCCUACGAUGACCUCAAAUGAUUCUUUUGCUAACGAACCAUUAUCUCCCUCGGCAGAAAAUGGAACCCAAAUAGGCCGUCGGUAUCCAGUAAGGGAGCGGCGUCCACCUCGGCAUUUGGCGGAUUACACUUAG